AUGGCGGAAGUAUGCAGAAUCUGCAAGGCACCGCCAGUCUCCGGACCAUUGAAAAACAUUUUUGAUGAGCCACAGAACUCGGACACUUGCAUUGCUGACAUGAUAGCGGAGUGCUCCGGGCACGAGGUUUGUCGAGGGGACUUACUGCCGGAAAACAUAUGUCCGCCGUGCCUGGAGGAUGCAGUGGCUGCAUUCAGCUUUAAGAAGACCUGCGAGCAGAGCCAUAAGCCCAAUUUUCCAGUGUUGGAGGAGGCUGGUGGAGAAGCCAUCUGUGGUAAUCAGGAAGACGAUGCGGCUUGGGAGCCGUCAGAUAGUGGAAAUGAGCUAACGAACCAAUUGGAAACCGAUGCAAAGGUCCAGGGUGAUAAGGAUGUCUAUCAUCAGUUCAAAUGUAGCCUUUGCCCAAAGAGCUAUAAACACAAAUCGAAUCUAAAUAGACACAAAAAUGUUCACACUGGAAUACGACCCCACAAAUGCUCGGACUGCUCAAAGGCAUUCAGACUGAAGACCUAUCUGCAAGCACACAUCCGUACGCACACUGACGAGCGACCGUACAAGUGCGAGCACUGCUCGAAGACAUUUAAACACAAGAAAUCUCUCAAAAACCACAGCCGUACUCACUCUGAGGAGCGACCGCACAAGUGUAUGCACUGCUCGAAAUCUUUCUCUCACUCCGGAACUUUCCGCAACCACGUCCGUACGCACACGGUGGAGCGGUCCUUCCAAUGUUCUGACUGUUCGAAAGCAUUUAAGCGACAAUCCGACCUAAACAAACACUCUCGUACGCACUCAGUCGAUCGUCCCUACCAAUGUGUUCUUUGCUCGAAGUCAUUCAAAUUUAAAUGGCAUCUUAGCAGACACCUCCGUACCCACACGGAGGAGCGACCAUAUUCGUGUGCUGACUGCCCGAAGGCCUUCAAAGACAAGUCAUCUCUCAAGAAUCACACCUGCUGUCGCUCGCAGAACGAUCGUUGAAAGGAUCGAACACAAACCCACUUGGAUUACUUGUAUUUCCGUUAAGAGUUACUUGCCCAUGUAC